AGAGACCAAAGACCUCAACAGACGAUCAAUCGAACACACCGUAGUUUAGACUAGACACCGAAUCCGAAAAUGUGUUCUUCGAAGAGGUAGUUGACACACGUGUGAACUUUUCGGUUUAAUAACAAUAAUAUCGAAUUCUUUGAUAUUGUGCUACUAAAUUCAGUGCCAACCCUCAAAUCCUACCCUAAACAUCGCCCGGAAUUAUUAUCAGCAGUUGAUAUCCGGCAUUUUCAGUGAAUUUCAAGUGAAAAUCCCUACCAUAAGCGCCAUAACCUUAAAAAACGUGUUGGUCAGGUCGGUCUAAACAAAAGUGGGCUUAUUACAUAAAAUAGAUUGAAAUUUUGUGAAAUAGUGACUUAUAUCAGUGCUUUUCUUUGUAAAAAACCAAUUGACAUUAUUCAAUAGUCCUCCUCAAGGGAAAUUCUUACUUUUUUUCUGGUAGUGUCAGUCAUCAUAGGCAUUCACUGGCUAUCAAAUAUAAGUAUCCUAUGACAUUCUCGCUAUUUCCUACGGUUCCGGUAGUGGAGUAAAAUCAUGCAAAACAACCCCUAGUGUUUUUAUAUAAAACUGUCCAGUGUUGCCCAAACAUAAAAAAUGGACAUAGGAGUUUAUAGGGAAGAUGAACAAUUCACAUCGUCAGCUUAUGUGGUCUGCCCAAGCAACUCGACAAGUUUUCAACACAAUGCACUUUUUGGAGAAAUUCGUCCAAUGCCACAACCACCAAAUGAAAUAUUUGAAUGGCCAAGCGAUGGUGAUGACAGAACGGUCAAUACUGACGCAAGCGAUAUGGAUGAUGUUGAAUAUAUAUAUGCACCAACAGAAUAUGCUGAAGAUGAUCAUGAAUAUACACCAGCAGAUCAACAAUACAUGUGUAUGCCAAAAUAUGUACCAGAUAUUAAUCAGAUUUCGUCACCUGUGAUAAAUAAUGUUGAAGUGGAACAAUUGCCAGUUCCUGUAAAUUACAUACGCAAAAAACAAGUGAGGGUGAUUGAACCAGUCCCAACCCUUCAAGAAAUCUUAGAUCUUCCUGAAAUCAAAGAUAGCUGUGAUCCUUAUAAAACUGCCAGUGUAUCAGAGUUUUCUGAAGGUAGUAUAAAUACUAGCAGUAGUAGAAGAGAAUCAGAAUCUUCAGAUCUGUUAAAUACAAGCUUUAGCAGCACAGAUUUUACUAAUUUUGACAUAACUAAAUAUAUAUUUGAAGAAGACAAACAAGCACAAAAAGUUGUAGAUGAAUUAUUAGAAAUCAAAAUAGAACCUGUAUCUUCUCCUGGACAAGAAUUUGUUCCAAACGAAUAUGCUCUCCAAAAUAUAAAAAUUGAACCACAGGAACCUCCUAUUCCAAAAAUUGGAAAUCAAAAACAUGCAGCAAAAGUAUUUAUCAAAGAGGAGCCUGAAUUUGAAAAAAAAAAUAUCAUCCCUGCUAAACGAGUCGUUAAGGCUGCUGUGAAGAAAAUUGAUUUAAAAGCAAAAAAAUAUAUUGUUGAUGAUGAAGAAGAAGAAGAAGAAGAAGAAGAAUAUCCUAAAACAAGACAAAAAACAAUUUCUGAAGAAGACUGUGACGUGGAUAUAGAAACUGUGACAGAAGGAGAAAGUUCACUUAUACUAGAAGCAGGCAAUUUGACUGAUCUUUUACAUAAAUUUGAAGCUAGUGAAGAGAGGAAUAAAGAUGUUAUAGGAGAUAAUAAAAAUCGUAUAGGCUUGAUAUUUGAUGUUGAAACUGGAAAAGACGAAGCUAUAACUACAAAGAGAAUUGAACUAAAAGUUGACAAGAAAACUGAAAUUCAAAAGCCUUCACAGAAGAACAAGAAAAUAGCGGAACCAGAGAAAAUAGAGCAACCGCUUCCACUAUGCACAAGGUAUACAAACAAUAGAAUGCAUGUAAAACCAACAGGCAAAGCUACAACACCACCUACCUCUUUUAAAACCUCUAGUGUUUCAAGCAACAAACAAAAUAUCAACUCAUUACCUCAAGAAUUGAUAAAUCGUAUUAAGGAAUCUGGCAAACGUAAGCCAAUAACUGUCAUAGAUCCGGUUCCUAAUUUCAAAAAAAGAAUGAAAUGUCGAAACUACACCCUACCUGUAAUCGCCACCAAUAAAACUGUCAUUUUGGAUCAUAGUUACUGUAUUGAAAAUUCGAGCGGUAAAAAGUUGAAUGGACAGAAAUGUAAAGAAGAUUCAUCCAUUGGUUUAGUGAAAGAUGAAAAAACUGUUCUGAAUCAUCAACCAAAUGUCAUAGAUGUGUUGAAGGCUAACUCAGACAACAAACAAAAUGUUGAUGAUGACUCUACAAACCAAAAGAAGAAACUUAGCAUAGAAGAAUAUAAAGAACGCAAAAAUAACGUAACGCCGGAAAUUCAAUUCAAUACUUGUACUGUUGCUCCUAAAAACCAAAAAAGAAAACUCAACCUCGAAGAAUAUAACAAACGUCGAAAUGGCAUCAUAACACCAAAGAGCCAAUCUCUGAAUUGUUCUCCUUCUACGAGCACCUGUAGUUCUCCAUCGCCGGAAGAUGACUACCAGAAAAUGUUGAAACACCAACAAAAAUUGAAAAAAAUGGCGGAAGAAUUAUUAAAAGCUGCACCAAAGUCUGAAAAAAAAACUGAUUGUGGUUCUAGUCCACUGCCUCAGGUCUGCUCAGUUAUAACUAAAAGCAAUGUAGAACUUAAAGCAAUUAAUAACAAUAAUGAUGACAAGGAAAUAGUUGAUAACAUCAAAAAUCGAGAAGUUAAACUACCUAAACUUCCUCCCAAUCUUGAACGCAAAAUUUUAGUCAGUUGCGGAGUAAACACUGACUUGAGUAUUGCUAAAAAUGAAGACCCUCUAGCCCCAAUCGAAAACUUGAUGGAAAUGAAACCGCUUCUAGAAAAAGUUAGCAAUAAGAUUAACGGAAAUUCCUUAAUAUUAUCAGUUAUGGAAACUGUACCAAUACUUAUUGACAGAAACGCAAAAAAAGAAGAAACAAAGUCAACAAUGCAAGAACAAAGUCUAAACAGAGAACAUGGAGAACACAAAAAAAUUAUUUAUUUGGAAAAAGAUCGGUUACGUCCAGAAACAAGAGAUGCAAAAAUUCAAACAAACAUAUCAUUGAUUGAUAAAGGAAUAAGGAGAAUAAGAAAAGUUUCUAGCAGUAGUGAAUCAAGAUCUUCUUAUACCAAAAGCAGAAGUUCUGGCUCUUCUAGAAGGAGUAGAGUACGUUCAGAUUCUUCAUGUAGUUCUACGUCUUCUACCUCUCGAAGCUCAUCGUCGUCUUCAUAUUCUUCAGGCAUGUCGAGAAGUUCUUCAAGGUUGUCAUACUCGAGAUCAAGAUCGCCAGCGUAUAGAAGAACAAGACGUAAUAGUGAACAUCUAAAUGCGGUAGAAGAGCGUCGUAUUAUUUAUGUUGGCAAAAUUAAUUCAGAGACUACUAAGAAGGAACUUAGAAGAAAAUUCCAAAAAUUUGGACCUAUUAAUAGGAUCACCUUGCAUUUCCGCGAAAUAGGAGAGAAUUAUGGUUUUGUCACUUUCAAGUACAAAGAAGACGCCCAUGCCGCCUACGAACACGGAAAUGAUGAUCUUGAUCAUGCUUAUUAUAAAAUCAGCUUUGGAGGUCGGAGAGAUUUUUGCAAGUCUGCCUAUUCCGAUUUAGAUAACGUGAGAGAUGAUAGCUACUACCCAACUCAUUCAUCAAGUGCUGACGCUGACUACGAUCAACUUCUUCAAGAAGCCCUAAAAAAAUUGAAGAAACGCAAUGCUUGACAUUUUGUCGAAAAAAAAUCAAACUUAGGGUUUGAUAGUUUAUUAAUUUUUAUAUUGGUAAUUUUUGUGAUAACGUUAGGAUGUUUAAGGAUGAUUUUUCCUAUUAUUAGUUAUUUAAGUUCGAAUUUAACCUUGUAAAAAGUUCCCUUGCAUUGCAAUCUGCGUUUCAUGACAGUAGUAUUUAGGUUUGAGAGAGUUCUUUAAGUGUAGCAUUGUUUUUAAUGCCAAAAACUGGUAAGUUGUUACCUCUUCCUAGAGGUAAUUGUUGGGUUUCUUACCAGAGUUUUUGUAAAUAAUGUUGUUGAUUUUAUUCAAAAUUGAACUAAGCGAAAAACUUAAUUAUCUACUUCAACUUCGAAGUAGGUAAGUACCUACAUAAAAUACAAAAAAAAUUGUGGGCACUGCAAGAUAUAUGUAUAUAUUUUUUGUUAAUGCAAAUUAUUACGAUUUUUCAAUUUUUCAGAAAGUUUUGGUUCAAAUUAAACUAAGUAAAGUAUCUGAAAUCGAAAAGCAAGGGAGACUCAAUAACAUAAAUUUAUAUUUUAAGAGUUUCACAUAAACAAUUUACCUCUUAUGAUAGAACAACAUUUAUUUGAACAAAUGUUGCUGUUUAUAUUAAUAAAAUAAUUAGAAUCCAUCGUUGGGAAAAGGAAAUUUAAUUUUUAGUCGAUUAUGAUAAUUUUUUACACUACUAAGAUAAGAAUUAUGUUAUUUUGCAAUUCUCCUUUGAAAACAUCAUUUAAGGUUCUUAGCAAUAAUUUAAUUUGAAGAUUUUAUAAGGAUCUUGGAUGAAUCAAAUUGUUGCAUUGUUUUUUAAAUUGUUUUUCACUUAGGAUGUUUUUUGUGAUAGUGUUAGUUUUUGCCAAGGGUAGGCAACGACGCAAACUUUUCUUUUAAUUUUGGGUAGUAUUGUGCUUGUAAUGGAUUUUAAAAUUUUUGUUUUUGCGCAAGCAGAAAAUUAUUGAUUUCGUUAACAGCCUUUUUUUUAAGGCUUUAUUAGUUAUUAGUUAUUGAGAUAAAAAAAUACAGUGCUCGCCAGAAAGCAAUUUUUAGGACCUCUUUCAAUAAUUUGUUGUACCUUUUCUAAAAAUGCUUUCCAUUUUAUUUGGGAUUUAGUAUUCGAAUGCCUGUGUUGUCUAGAGCACUAGGCAAAAAAUAAUUUUCCAUAAGCAAUGCAAUGGUCAUGUUAUAGAGGGUGAUCAAUGAAGUGAUGCAGAAAUAUAAAAGUUUUGGUUUUUGAACUGCUGCAGGAUUCUAUUUUACGAGUCGAGUCGGAAUUCAUAUCGAAUUGUCAAAAUAGCGAUUCUAUUUUUCGAUAUGUAUUACACGGUACGUCCGGAGCUGUCCUAUUUGAUUCCGAGUGUCAUAACAGACAAUUAGACUCGACUCGUAAGAUAGAAUCCGGGCUCUGUAUGUCCAGUCCUGAUUGGCCAGAGGAGACAGAAAUAGAGGGCGAUAGUUCGAAAGCAGGCCUAAUCUAAUCUGUGAUUAGAGUGCAGCUGGGUCAUAUAGUAAUAAUUGCAAAAUACAGUCCCUCAUUGAUCACUUGCUGCUCUAUAGCUGACCCCCUAGGUUACCUAACCUUACAUAAUGUGAGUUCUGUUUUUAGGAUAUACAGAGGAUGCCAUAUUGUAUUUUUUUGAUUUUAUAAAACAUCUAUUGGCUGUCUACCUCAAUGUAUUUUCCUUAAUAUUCUCAAUUUCUGUUUGAACAGUUUUUUUUUUUAAUUGAAGAUUUUUUUUUAAUACGACGAUUUUUUUUUAAAAUUCUUAAUUUUUUUUUUUUUUAGAUUCUGUGUAACCACAGCUGUUGAUUAUUACUUACUAUUAAACGUUCUCAUGUGCAAAAAUGCGAAAUAAACUUAAAUUAAUAGAGUAUCAAAUAUCGUUCAAACAAAUCAGAAGGCAUUUCAAGUUUUUCGCAUUUUUGCUCAUGCAGAUUGGUUACAAACAUGUUUAUUUUAAUAUGACUUUAAACUUGUUUCUAAUAAAAUUUUAUUAAAAAAAAAAGUUUCUAUUUAUUUCCUACAUUGAAUUAGUGUUGAAGUAAGAA